UCGGCAGUCGCAGGCACAAGGUCACGGCUGCCUUCUAGAUCCGAGGUGAGCCGGUCAAAGCCGAGCCGAGCCGAAGACAGCGUCCUGUCACAAAGCAUGUACUAGAAGCGGUGAUUGAACUCUGCGGUGAAUUUGAAAUAUCGAUACCCGCACAGCUAAACUUGUGUUACUCCGAGAUGGCCAGAGGAAGCCGCAGCCGUUCUUCAGCUCCAGCAAGCCCAGCUCCAUCCCAUGCUCCAGCUCCCACUCACCCACCUCCUGCUGCCCUGGCCCCAGCUCCAGCUCAGUCCCAGGGGCCAGGCCUCAUGGCCCAGAUGGCUACCACAGCUGCUGGGGUGGCAGUAGGCUCGGCUGUUGGCCACGUGGUUGGCAGUGCCCUUACAGGAGCGUUCAGUGGGGGCAGCAGCAGCAGUUCAGAGCCUGCCAAACCUACAUACCAGGAGACCCCCCGGCCUGCUCCAGGACAGCCAGGCCCUUGUCACUUUGAGGUAAAACAGUUCCUGGACUGUGCCACCAAUCAGAAUGACCUGAGUUUAUGUGAGGGCUUCAAUGAGGCACUCAAACAGUGCAAGGUCUCCCAUGGUGUGACAUCACUGGUGUGAAGAGUGAGCAUCAUAGACACACACUCAUAUGGUUUAAUGACUCUGUACCUCAGGCAGGGAGCAUUCUGGGUUUGUUUGUUUUGUAUGAUGACUGUGAAAUGUACAAGAUGUUUUUGGUAAUACGUACAGUGAACUUUAAUAAAUAGCUGCUAAUUUCAAA